AACUUGUUUGAUUCUAAAACAUUGAAUUCUAUGUAAACAAUUUCAAUGGAAUGUACUGCUUUUAGAUUUUCAUGUUACAAAUACAACUUUUGUACUUAGACUGUCAAGAUUAUUGUCACAUGACGAAAAGAUGUCUGCGCCCUGCAUUUCAGUAUUACUUUUUGCAAUUUUUGUUUUUUAUCCGUUAAGUUGUUCUUCGCAGACUGGAUUAUUACCUGUAGUGAUAAAUACAUGGCCUUUUACAAAUGCUACAUCAGCUGCUUGGAACACACUUGUGAAUAAGAAGGGGUCUAUUUAUGAUGCGUUGGUAGACGGAUGUUCAGUGUGUGAGAUUGAACGUUGUGAUGGAUCAGUUGGUCCUGGAGGUAGUCCUGAUGAGAAUGGGGAAACUACUCUUGAUGCUAUGGUCAUGAAUGGACAGACAUUUGAUGUAGGAGCUGUAGGUUGUUUAAGACGUAUACCAACAGCAAUAGCAGUAGCCAGAGCUGUGAUGGACUAUACAGAACAGACAUUAUUGGUGGGAGAAUUAGCAACACAGUUUGCAGUAGAGAUGGGAUUUAAAGAAACAAACCUGUCAUCAGAUAGUUCUGUUACCAUGUGGAAAGAUUGGAAGGCAAAGAAUUGUCAACCCAACUACAGGACUAAUGUAACACCAGAUCCAACAAAAAAUUGUGGUCCAUACAAACCUAAGUCAGUAUUAGAAAGUUUACAGCAAACUGAAUACAGAGGAAACAAAAAUAUUGAUAGAAGAAAUCACGAUACAAUUGGUAUGGUAGUGAUUGAUGAACAUGGUAACAUCACCGCUGGUACAACAACUAAUGGACUCAAUCAUAAAAUACCUGGAAGAGUUGGUGAUUCCCCUAUCAUGGGAGCAGGGGCAUAUGCCAUGAAUGGUGUAGGUGGAGCUGUUGCUACUGGAGACGGGGAUGUUAUGAUGAGAUUUUUACCUUCAUAUAUGGCUGUGAACAGUAUGGGUAUGGGUAAUGAUCCAACUACUGCUACACAGUCAGUGAUGGCACGAAUUACUAAUUAUUAUCUUAAUUUUGUUGGAGCCGUGGUGGCUGUUACACAUCAUGGAGAGUAUGGUGCAGCUUGUUAUGGUUUUCCAGUAUUUCAUUAUUCUGUGAUAAAUCCAGUUUUAAAAACUGUUACUUUAAAAAGUGUAGAAUGUCUUGUAAAUUAGAUAUCUUCAGAUUAAUAUUAUAUACUUUUAUACAA